AUGAAGCAACGGGCAGAGCGUGGACGUGACGCCACCGAGCGCGAGCGUUGGGCAACGGCAGCCAUACAGCUCAGCACGGAGACCAAGUCCCUUGAUGUAGUCUGUGACAUUAUGGAAUGGAAUGCUCGAUUCUUACGAGAUCCGUUUGUUUUCCCUAAGACUUUAGAGGAAAUCCUCAAAGGUGCAGGCCCUAUUCUAGCUUGUGGUUCUGACUUGCGACUUGCGAACCUUUCAUCGAGAUCUGAUCUUGAAGUCAAUGUGAAGACGGCACACAAAGCUCUGUUGGCUCUUCUUCAGACAUUUCUGCUACUAAUCCGAGAGCCCUGGUAUAAAGGCUCAGUGAAAAAUUUGAGAAGGGUAUCUUUCAUGUUUUCAACAAUUAUAAGCAGCAGAAUGGCGGCAUUGAGGUCUUACACAUCUGAUGAGCUGGCCAAGGAGCCGGAUAUUGUUGAGUUGCUGCUCGGCUCCCUCCUGCCAAUAAUCAUCCAAUACGAACUCGAAGGAAACACAGAAGGCCAGACGCUGUGCCCCUGGGCUGGUUCAUCUGCAAUUGUCCAAACAAGCUGCCCUGAUAGUCCUACCACAAUCGAAUUGAAAUUCAUGGACCUUCUCGCGUUCGAAAGGGAAAAGCUAUGGUUGCAGCUUCGGGUCAGCAAAGACCCAAAUACUUCGCUUCUCGAUAAAGGCUGGCCUCGUGGUCUCUCCAUCCAAGAACUGGCUGUAUCUGAAGACUGGCUAUACCACGCUUUGCAGCGUCCUAUCGAAGCGCCGUUUCUGUCUUCGAGGGCCCACGAAGUUCUGUUCAGCUCCGUGGAAACACUUAUGACAUCUAAACCAGAACAAUACGAUUCUGGUGGCGGGUUUGUGGAUAGCCUCGCCUUUACAGUUCGUGCCAUGAUCGCAUAUGGCGAAGAGGCAGCAAAGGUGCAGUGUGCCAUGCAGAUAUGGGAGCAUUACCUGUCAGUCUUGCAGUCACACCCACUCUAUCUUGAAAUUUUCCAAGACUGGUUAGCCCCUCUUGUGGAAUCUUAUAUCACACCUGAAGCCAAGUACCUCAUACGGCCAAGGUCUCGCAAGGCGCCGGAUCCAAUGAUAUUGAAAGUUCAUAAGGGGCCGGGGGUGAAUAAUUGGAAUCCAUUGGAGAAUUUUGACCAAGAAAUCGGGGUCACUGUGAAAGAUGAAAGGCCAAAGGAGAUACCUCGUGUGCUGCUCAACUAUCGUAUGCAUCCAUCGCAGCGAUCCAUGUCCGUCCGUACCAGAGAGGUAGAGUCCACACAGCCACUAAGACCAGUUGCAAUUUGGUCCUCCACCACCAAAGACAGGCAUGACUUGGGGCAUCAAGAGGCAGUGAUUUUGUCGGCCCUGCUUUUUAUCGAUUCCAGCACCCCACACCCCAAAAUUCUGCGGAGAAGGUUCCCAAACAAUGGGGCUCCUCGCUACCCACCAACCUAUUUGAGUGAUAGCUUUAUUACUCGAAUGAGCAAGGCCGAUACCGGUUCCAUGAGCUAUGCAGUCAGUGCUUUGAGUCGAUGUGCCCGAGAUGUUCCAGCUGAGUUACUGCGAGAUCUGAUCUGCUGUUUCUUGGAUGCACUGAAAGCGUGCCCAGAAGCAUCAAAUUAUCGAAUUCUACUGGAUACCGCAUUAGACCUGAUUAUCGUGUUAUUGCGAAGUGACCAACCUCAGCUCGUGAUAGAAGCGGUGCUUCGGGUAUGGACGGAAUUUCCAAAAGACUCCUCAAGUCAUCGCAAGAUUAAUUUGGUUAGAAUUGGGAGGGUUCUUACUCCAAAGCAGGCUCGUGGUCUUGUACAGAGCCUUGUUAAGCAUGCAUGUGACAUGUUCCAAGGGCAAGUCAAGCCACUUCUCAAUGAAGGGAAACCAUUCAUGAAGGUCACUACAGUCAAGAUGAUUGCCCAGACCCUUGCCGAGGCGGACUUCCUUCAGCCAUCUACUCGACUGCAACUCCUCGAAGAGGUUUUUAGGGCCAGUCAACAUAUCGACAUUCGCGUUGAGAUAGCCGUUUCUGUUUUGAAACUCAUUAUCCAGAGUCACAGCACCGAGCCAUUGGGACUCUUGACAUCUAUCUCUUUGUGUGCUUCUUCCCCCAGUGAGAGAGACAUUGCAACGGAGGAUCACUGGCGCAUAGCAGAAUCCGGAGGUCAAUUGCCUCCUAUCAUGACAAGCUCACGCCCGAUAUUGCAUUUGCUCGUGUGGACUGCGAAAAACAGCAUACCAGAAAAUCUCCGACCAGAUUAUGUUCAGAAGAUCCUAUUGCCACUAUUGCAAGAUUCCACGCGCAACCACACCAGAUGGAUAACCUGUCUUCUUUCCAGAAUGGGCACCUCACUUGCAGAGCUUGGACUGGAUGGUUCGGUCAUUGGUCCGUUUGAUAUGAAAUUAGUUGAUGAUAUCCUACGUGUGUGGGCUGAAUAUCUCCCGGGCUCUUAUCUGCAAAUCCAUCGCACCUGGGCCUUUGGCUAUCUACACCACACUUCUUUCAACCGAAUUUCUGAAGCUUUGAAAGUCUCGACAGCUGCAAUAGCAAAAAGUCACGAGGUCCAAACCCACAUAAAGCAACUCGUGGAGUCCCUGAGAGAUCGACAGUCUCUUGGCAGUUUCAAUCGACUCCUUUCACUUCCACAUGGAAAAGUCCAAGAUGGGCUGACUGACCAGCUUGUACUAAAGGAGCUCACUUUACGUGCGGAGAGAAUUGUCAAGUUCCCAAUCAAAUACGUCGAUUCAGAAGCCAAAUUCGCCAUUUUCCCAAAGUACUCAUUGGAGCUUCUCGGCAGUUUGCGAUCAAAAAUAUCAGUUAAACCCAAUGACCAAACAUCUUUCAGGCAAAGGAUAUAUGAGCCUUACACAAAACUGAUGGCGAUUAUUGCCGCUGCCUCUGAAAAGGUUCGGACAGAAGGUUGGCCUACUGAGUUCACUGCAUACCCGGUGACUCUACCCAGCAAAAUUGAGUACGAGCUUUUGCUUCUACCAUCGCCAGUCUACGGGGUUUCAACAUCAAGUUCUGCGUUGGAAGAAUUCAUGUCUGCUCUCACUGAUCUGAUUUCCAACUACGCUCAAGACCUAGUUUUGUGGAUGAAGUUUGAUAGCGUUGCAAAAAUAUUGAAGGAGCUCUCUCCCACAGAUAAAGUGGUUUGCGCAUUGGUCCUGGGCGAUUGCAAUGAUGGAAAUCGAAAAUUUAGCCCUGUCGAAACAUGGAUCAGGGUUAAACUAGCAGCGAUGUUGCUUCAUGAUGCCGAGAAGACAAAGACACCGCUGAAGAAAAAGGCACUGGAAAUGAUUGAGAGGUGGAAACAUAGUGAUAUUGAGGUAGUUAGACAAAUUGGAUGGGGAUGGCAGUAG